AUGAAAAAGACUGAAGAAAAAGGAGUUCCAGAUGAAAUGAAAGGAAAAGACAAGAUAAUUUUUGGAAAUAUUCAUCAGAUUUAUGACUGGCACAGGAAUUACUUCUUGGCGGAAUUGGAAAAAUGUCUGCAGCAACCAGAAUAUUUGGCAAAAAUCUUCAUCAAGCAUGAAAGGCGUUUAGGCAUGUACGUGGUGUACUGCCAAAACAAGUCGAAAUCUGAGUACCUUUUGGUUGAAAAUGAUGCCUACUUUGAGGACAUAAAACUGGAUUUGAAUGAGAAAUUUAGUCUGAGUGACUAUCUCAUCAAACCUGUACAGAGAAUAACUAAGUACCAGCUGUUGCUCAAGGACUUCUAUAAAUACAGUGAGAAAGCUGGGUUCGACUGUUCUGAAAUUGCGAAAGCUGUUGAUGUGAUGUUCCUGGUGCCAAAACGCUGCAAUGAUAUGAUGAAUUUGGGAAGACUUAGUGGGUUUAAUGGCAAACUCACAGCACAAGGCCAGUUGCUACGACAAGAUACAUUUCUUGUGACAGAACAAGAUUCUGGAGUUCUGUCCCGAAGUAAGGAACGGCGAGUCUUUCUCUUUGAGCAGAUUCUAAUCUUCAGUGAACUUCUGGACAGGGAUUCCUCUACGCCGAGAUAUCAGUUUAAGAAGAGCAUUAAGAUGAAUAACCUGAACAUUGACAAUAAUGCGAACAAUGAAUUCUAUAAAUUUGCUCUGACAUCCACUGGAACCUCUGAGCGGUUGAUCUUACAGGCACCAAACAAAGAAAUCUAUGAAGCAUGGGUUUGUGAUAUCAACAAAGCGCUUGACCUUCAAAAGAACUUGCUGACUGCACUGCAAUCACCGAUCGAGUACCAGAAGAAACAGUUUCCAGAUGUUUUCAACAAACCAAAGUGAGAAGAUUAUUCCAAUCCAGCCUCGCACCAGAGACCUCUAAAAGUUUUGAGAGGUGAUAAUGUAAUGAAUAUUAUGAGCACAGUUGGGCAUUUGAAAUAUAACUGUUGUCCCCUGCCACCACCACCUUGUAAGAUGGUUCAGUUAACAGCAAUUAGCCAUUGGACAGGCUGUACUUCUACUGAGUUUUAAAUAAAUAGGAUGCAUCACAAUUAAAUCAUUACAUAUUUUAACAGUAUCAGUGCCUAUUUGCAUCAUCGGUAAUCUGCAGAUUUCACCAAAGUUAAAUAACUUAUCAGGUAAAUACAUCUAGUGUAUUGAUUACAUUUACAGAUAAGGCUAGUGUGACUUGUUCGGUGGAAGUCAUCAUCUGCACUUUUCGAUUUGAUAAACACAAGAUUCUGCAGAUGCUGGAAAUCCAGAACAACACACAAAAAAUGCUGGAGGAACUCAGUAGAUCAGGCAGCAACUAUGGAAAUGAAUAAACGUUCGACA